AUGCCCCAGCAGCAACAUCACCCAUUCCAUGCGGUCACUUCAGCCGACACCAUUCCUCAGUCCCAGCAUCCCUACCAACAUCCUUCCGAGCUCUCCUCAUUAGGUUCUCAUUUGCCUCUGAUCCCUACCCAUACCCCACAACAGCGUCCAGAGCAGCAGCAACACCAACAACUACCGCUCCAACAAUUGCAACAUGAACAACAACAGUACAAUACAUCACAAACGUUAAUUAACCCCCCUAUUGGUCUUCAAGCCCGUCUACCACAAUAUCAUGCCAGUCAACAACGCGUGCAGCGAGCAGCAGCGCCCAAGCAGAAACCUGCGUCCCAUUACGGAGCCCGCUACAAUCCCCUGGCAACGGCUUCCAGCUCUGUGUCCUCCAUUGCGCAUUCACACAUCCCUACGCUUCCCAAUAUCCAGCUCGGACAGUCCCCUACAGGAGUCCAAACAUCAAACUAUGUCUCUUCAGCGCAAUCAAGUUCACCCGGAAUGGGUCCCAACCAGCUCUUCUCUUCAAACUUGAGCAUGGACUCUGACCUGCACCCUAUGUCAGGGUCAAGUGGCAUAUCGAUGGAUGGCACUUCGAGAUCGAUGCCGAUCCAGCAAGCAUCGCUGCCUCCCCGCUCAAACUCUCUCGUGGUUCCAUCAUGGCCGCCUUCUCAUAUACCAGGCUACGUUCAAAGCUACGAGCAACAACAACAGCAACAACAGUACUCCCAUGGUUCUAGCCUGAUGAGCCAAGGCGUAACUACCAACACGGACCACUCAGGCUUGGCUUCAGCUGCCAACUUUUACACCACGGCAGGGUCUGUGGGCGGCGAUUUUAAGCUGCCUGCCUUUGAUGUUAAGGCGUAUACGUUCCGCAAAAAGUCCCGCCACUAUGUCGCCGUCAAGCAAGGAAAUGCCCUUCGUAUCGAGCCCAUCAUUUACCUCAAGACUAGCAUUCUCGACCAUCAACAAGACGUGGUCAGGAACUGGGACUAUCUUCGCUUCUCACCUCAUCGCUUCCGCGACAAUGCCCUUCCCAAAAAAAAGCUGACCGCCGAAGAAAUGAGGUCUGCACGGAUAUUGGACGUUGACAUUUCUUUGAUCUCACCGAACAACAAGAACAGACUCAUCGAGGAAUCUUGCCCCGCCUGCGUCAUGCGAAUGGAUGGAGAGCGCAAGAUUAUGCAAGUGCUUGCCAAGAACUUCAAGGUGACGCACACGGGAGAGCCAGUAAUCGACAUUCGGAAGGGCCAUGCUAUCGUCUGCAUAAAGCUCAACUGCUACAGCGAUCACCACAACGAGCAGGAGGGCUUUGUUGUCAGGAUGCAGACGUUGUCGUCGAUUGUGGAUAUUGGCAGCUCCGUCAAACUCCGCAUCUGCUGUGAAGCUCGAUCGAAGGCUGGGACCACGGAGGUUGAAGUCGAGGAGGAGGAUGGUCUGACCGAUAUCGAUGCACCUGCCUCUCUCGGGUCGCGAUCGCCAUCAGGACAGGAACGUCCCGCCCAAAGUCCCUCCUUGAGCUAUGGAAGCGAGAGCCCCGGUCCAAAGGUCCGAGUUCGUCAGCGGUCAGUCAACUCUAGUUCUGUGGCAUCGCCUCGAUCGGUGGACGAUCGAAUCAUCAACUCUCUGGCAGUCGAAUCAAACUUGAGUGUACGGAACGGCGGACCCACCUCUUCAGCGUCUGUUUCAUCGACGCUGGCUACAAAGCCACCAGUCUUUCGCAAGAUCUACCCCCUGACACCGAGCGAGGGGUCAUGCCUUGGUGGCACUCGUGUCACUAUCCACGGAGCCAACUUUGACAUUUUGCGGAACCCAGUCGUGUACUUCGGAAAAGCUCGGGCCGAGCUGGUCAUUGUGUCGCACCACGACGUGAUGGAAUGUACCACUCCCCCGGCUGAAGGUCUCAAGCCAGGUAUCGUCAAUGUCCAGAUUGUCUCGGAGGCAGAGCUACUGAGCCCUGAUGCAGACAGUGUCGAGUUUAUGUACACUGUUCCACCAGACUAUGACCUCUACAACUUGGCCGCAACGUCACUCUCCUAUGCCAUGGCAAACGAGUAUCCCCUCGACGACAGUCUGGCGUUUAUUCUGAGAGCACAUCGGUCAGGAGCAGGAUUAGAUCCGCUUCAAGGGUGGGGCGUUGACCAAUGGACUGGGUCGACAGGGAGCAGUCUGGAUCUCGGGAUUUCUUGGACGGCCAAGGAAGAUUUGGUGCUAGAUUUCUUGCGAGUCAUUCAAGUUCUGGCACCAGGACGUACCUUGCCUGCCUUCACGACGGAGACGGGGCAUAGUUUGCUGCAUAUUGCUGUUCAAUACAACAUGGUUCGUCUGGCAAAGGAGCUGGUGGCAAUGGGCAUCGACCACACUGCCGUUGACAGGAACCAAAUGCCUGCGUUGGUUUUUGCAGAGAUGCUGUCGAGUACGGAGAUGAUUCAGGUGCUGUCGAGCGCCAAGGUCCCACCACGACCAAAAGUGCCACCACUUUUCGCCCCAGCGACGACUCGCCCGAGCAUGAAGGAAAUGGUGGCGUCGCUGAUCCAGAAACACGAGGCGACACUGAUCAAUGUCCUACAGCAAGAACAAGAGCGCAAGCACAAGGAGCUGAUGAGUCUUCGGGACCGAUCUCUCCGUAUCAUGGAACUCAAAGAUCAAGCAUUGGGCAAAGAGUCUAUGGAUGAAGAGGCGGAGGAUGCUCAGUCGUCGCCUUUUCUCAGCUCUCUGGGCGAGGGUUCACCUGAGAGGGACCUCUCGACUGAUGAGCAAGGACGCAAGCGGAAAUCUCAGAUUGAUAUACCGAUCGAUUGGACUCUGGCCAAAAAGCUCAACAUCGAGGCAUCCCCUCCCCUGUCAGCUCAGGAUGUCUUGUCUGUUGUGGAUUCCGGUCGAAUGUCGUUUAUCAAGAACGGAUGUCAGCUCUGGGAGAGUUCGAGAGGCGCGCAACUCUUUGGAGACUUGGUCUCGUUUGGCCAGCCAGCAGGACUCCAGAUCUGGGCAUGCGAUUCUGUGACUUUGACCUCAUUCGAUCUUACCUCUGGUACAUAUCCUUCCGCAAAAGUCUCCAAGGACUCUUCUCUGGCCGUCUUAGCUCUGUCGACAACGGGAUUGCAUCUCUUCAAGGAGGACUCUGUUAGUCAGGACCAUGUCAACAAGAGUAUGGAGAACUGGAGUCUGGUGGAGAUUGAGCAGAUCAAAUUCUUGGAGGAGGAUUUGGAAGAGAUGACGAUCCGUGUCGACAUGUGUGGUCUUGUUCCUCGAGGAGGUCGCAACCUGUUGGGUGAGCGCAUCGAGAUCAAAUCGACAGCUGCCAGCGAUAUUGUCAAGGCCAUCUCGGAGGCUCAGACGCGCCUGGAUCGGCACCAACGGGUGGCGACACGGCAUUGUUGGGCCGAAUCGCAGCUGAAGCUCUGGAGUACACUCUUUGGGGUCGAGGCGCGAGAGUUUGAUGCUGUUCUGACGGACCAUUUGGAUUUUGAGGACGGUGUCUUGACGAUGAAGCCGACCGGGGAAGACAGGAGGGGCGGUCACAGCGUGCAGAUGAUUGGUGCCGUCCUUGCCUCGACUUGCUCUUUGAACAACUGCCAGAGCAUUGAUUUCUCUGGAGUCAAGGCCGAGGAUGACGGAUGGAACAAGCCAGAGUUGAUUCGACAGCUGGAGCGGACCGUCCGGACCAAGAAGGAUGUUGUCGUUGGCUGGAAUUUUAGUCGUUGUGGAUGGACGCCGUCAACAAUACAUGGAUUCGUCAAGGGAUUCAACUCGACUAAAGCCACUAUGGAGGAGACUCUGACACGUUGCGCCCAAAUCAUUCUUGCCGAGAACCAUCUGAAUGGCGACGACUCUGCUGGACACGCCUUGGUCGAGUGUAUCAGUCGGAUGGUGGGGCUCGAGACGUUGGACGUUACUGGCUGUGACAUUGGCCUGGUCGGCAUGGACAAUCUCGUCCAUCACAUCAAGGGCCUAGUUAACCUGAGGGUCGGAGGUAACAGAUGUGACCAACGCUGGUGGACAUGGACAGAUACUCUACUCCAGCGCAACCCCAAGCUCCAGUCUUGCCACAUUGGAGCGUCCAUCAAGGUUGACAACCCAAGCGCGAGUCUUUUGAGUCUAGAGAGACUGCAGUCGCUAGACCAACUCGUCGAGCUUGACCUUACAGACUCGUUGAUCACCGCCGGCACUCUCAACACUCUAACCAGGUACCUCCAGGUCGAUGCUUCUCACCACCUCAAGACGCUGACGCUGUCGCACUGUCAACUGGACUGGUGCUCGAGUCUGGCCGGGCUGUUCAGGACGAUUUGCGACAUCAACACGUCGACGAAGUUUACACUGAACGUUGGUCGCAACCCGCUCUUUGACAAGGAGGAAUCCGUCAGAGCUUGGAUCGAGUCGGUGGAAGGGGCAAAAGUCAGUGUACCGUUUGGAAUCCAGAUGGACGAGUUGGUGGUGGCCGAUUGUACUCUUCAGCAGAUCCUGGGACCUCUUGCUGCCGCGACCUGUUUCAACGAACUCAACUUUAAGGGACUAUAUGUCAAGCAGGACUCCCGAUCCCCUACUUCCUCCUAUGACGAGAUGCGCCUUCAGACUGUUCCAGUUGCCGCAUCACCCGAAAGCUGUCGUGCCUUGGGCAAGAUCCUGGAAUCCAACUCGAUACUGGUGAUGCUCGACAUUUCAGGAACAACAACAGUCUCUGAGGGAGUCGGUCGGUCGAUGGGAGGAUUUGGUCGUCAUAUCUCGCUGGCGUUCCCUGGCCUAGGUCGAAACCCGACCCUCCGUAUCCUUACACUUGAUCACAACCGAUUUGGCGAGGAAGGUCUAUCAGAAUUUUGCCAGGCCCUUCGAUCAAACUCUAACCUGCGUGUUUUGACCUGCGACGGAAACGACAUUUUCACUCCAAAAGGACUCUGCAGCAUCGAGAGGAUCUUUUCACCUGCAUCGCCCCUGUCCCUCUUGCCGUCACCCACUUCCGGAGAAGGAGGAUACCAGUCGGCAGAGAUGAUGGAUGUGGACGCCUCUAUCGCCAACACUGGCGAGCAGCAGUACAAUCGGACUCUAUGUAUUUGGCCGCUUGGUCAGGACGAGAUUUUGAUGCAUGUUGAAUUGCUGUCACAUGAUAUCGCACGAUUGAAGGAGGAUAGGGAUCGUUUGGAAAAGCGACUGACUCGCAGCCGCGAUCUAACGAGCGAGAGCGAUGUCAAGGUGCUGAGUGGGGCGUUUGAGGACCUGAAGAAACGAAUUGCGGUGGCCAAACGGGCACAGCUUGAGUACUCGGAGACGCAUGCACGUAUAGUCAAGGUCAUCUCUGACAACAACGAGCGUGUCAAGCGUACCCUCUAA